CCGGCGCCGCCGCCCCCAGGGCCACGCCCUGGGUCGGGCAACGGCCCGCCGCCGCCGCCGCCGCCGGGCCCCCGCCCCGCAUCGGGCGGCCAGGAUGGUGACACAGGACGCCCUGGAGCACGUCCUGGACCAGAGGCUGAGCGGGAUGGUGACGAUGGAUGCCCUGGACCAGAGGCUGAGCGGGAUGGUGACACAGGAUGCCCUGGGGCACGCCCUGGACCAGAGGCUGAGCGGGAUGGUGACACAGGAUGCCCUGGACCAGAGGCUGAGCGGGAUGGUGACACAGGAUGCCCUGGACCAGAGCCUGACCCCGGU